GGAACUAUUUUGGGUGAUUCAAUAACAAAUGCAAGCCUAUAAUCACGAGUGAAUUUCGAAGAAAUACAAAUCGUCCCUUGGCCUAAUGUUGAUUCUAAAUGCCACUAAAUUAAUCAUUUCAUGGUGCAGAAUAUUGUAGGUAACAUGGCGUAUGGUUCGCAGACUCUCCACAGGGCAUAUUCUGUGUCCAGUGUGGAGGGGGUUGAGUUGCGACUGAGCGACAAGUUCAAGCCUACUAACAAAGUCACGCUGCCACUCCAGUACAAACACAAGGAACCAAAGCUUCUGAAUACUAAACUGGAGUACGAUUUCCAGAAUGAGAACACCUUUCUAGAAUGGCUGAAUGGUGUAAGAAGAACCGAAACAGAGAGGGAGGAAAAGAGGAAACAACAACAACUUGGAGCUGAGGCUGCUGAAGCCGCUUUACAACGAGAAGAGACAGUACCGGAUGGACCAAAGACAACUAGCAAUGAGUUUCCUAUGCAAAGUAACAUGUUACAGGGUCCUGCUCUGCCUCCAGUGGCAGCAACCCUCAGCAAUGAGAUCCUCCAACCAGUGCCUCUAGCAAACAGUAUUUCCAAACCAGCCAAUAAUAAUCAGAAUGUCAGGACAGAUAACUGGGAUGACUUUGAGGGCAGGUCACUACCGUCACAUGAUCCGUUCGAACUGGCUGAGCUGGAAACUAUAAAUGAUAUGGAGGAGUUGCGUAGUGUUCUGGCCAAUUCUGCAUCGAUGGCCUCAACGGCUGUCCAUAGCAACCAACUCCAACAGUCCAGCCCCCCUCCUAUGGAUGUCAACACGGAGGAGGCAGCAGCUUCUUCUUUGACCGACGCCAUGGAUAUACCCGCGUCAGACGAGAACAAUCAAGUACAGAUGGAGACAAAUCUCAAUCAAGUUUCCUUCAAACCAGAAAAACAAAUUCCUCCUGAACAGGAAAGUAAACCUGCUGCAGUACCUCCAGCCUACCGAACCACGGAGCAAUCCGUUCCUCCCCUCCCUAAAAGAACUUUACAAAGUACUUCUAUAUCCUCGGUUCAACCCCCUCUGAGGAAUGAUCCUUUUGCAUCACAUAGUCCCCUUCCUCCCAUAGGUCCUUCGAGAGAGAACUCUGAAUCCAGUCUAAUGUCCUCUAGUUCUGGAGGCGUUGGACCCACUCCCCCUGAUCAAGGAAGAUGGUCACCUCCACCUAGCUACUCAUCCGUUGACUACACAGCAGUGUCAUCAGGGAGUUCUUCUAAUGCAGCUAUUGAUCGUCCUCCAAACUACCCCAUGGAUGAACUUCUAGAUGCUAAUUUCUCUCCAGUGAAUCUAAGUAGUUACUCCCCGUUACCACCCGCAUCUCGCCAUCUGAGCACCAUCAACACCGAGCCUCAGGACCCAACGUAUGAAGCAAUGAACGUCGAGGAGAAGAACUUUGUGAAUACUAUAGUCAGCAUGGGAUUCCCUAAGGGAAGGACGGCUAGAGCUGUCAAAAACAUUGGCAGUGAUGAUAGACAGGUGGUGGAUCUUCUAUGUGCAGUUGAUUCUCUAUGUGGCCAAGGAUUUCCAGAAGGGAAAGUAGAGGUUGCUCUUAGCUUACAGGAUAACAAUCAGGAUAAGGCUUCAGCCUUCUUGAAGCUGUGGCAGAGGUUUGAGGAACUUGGCUUCCAGGCUGAGGAUAUCAAGAGAGAGCUGAUUGUUCACGGCAACGAUGAGGAGAAGGUUCUUGAUACCCUGACUCGAUAACAUUGUCGUCAUCAUCAUCAUCGUCGUCGUCAUCGUCAUCACCAUCAUCAUCGUCGUCAUUGACACCAUCGUCACCAUGAUCAUCCUCAUCAUCAGUCAUCCUAUCAAUUUAUACAAAGUGGUGACUGGCACAGCUGAUGUGAAGCAGUCAAUGAGUAAACAAAUAAUUUGACAACCUGGCCCCAUUGCACAAAACUUACCAUUAAUGGUAACUAUGCCAUCAGUAGUAACUACCAUGGUAACAGGGCUCAACAGCCAAUCGAAAUCAAGAUUUCCAUGGUAGUUACCAUUGAUGGCAAAGUUACCAUCAAUAGUAAGUUUUGUGCAACAGGGCCCAGCGGGAUAAGUGUGUUACAUGCAUGAUGGCUUUUCAGCAGGGAAGAAUGUAUCCUACGUCUAACUGAGUCAUUAACAAAUAUUAUGAUAAAGUAACACAAGCUACAUACAAUAUAUGUUUGCACAUGCAUCCCCAUUUCAUUUUCACACGUAAAUUCACAACCUUAUAACAAUAAGUGAAAUUCACAAAAAAAAAUUACAAACAUAAUCAUGGCUCAAUGUACAAUAAUAAUAAUUAAAAAAACCACUAUUACUCGGUAUUUGUGGACUUAUGCAAGUUCUCAAAUCAUCAGAAGAUUUCUGUAUAAAUGAAUAUGUGAUUA